AUGGACCCCGGCUUCUUCCAGCGCUCUAAGGACGGUAAAGUCUGCCUUGAGCUCAUCGCCACCCCACUCAAACCGCCCAACCACAGCCGGUCCAGGGUUUGUAAUGAACCGCAAACGUCCGCUGGCGAACCGGUCCAUUCUCCGGCUGGCGGCCCCCCAAUUGGUUCAGCCACAGCAGCGGGCGCCGCGGAAGUGGACACAUUUCGCACCUGUGAUUCCGCCGCAGUGCUUGAGGCGUCAGACGAGGAGCUUCAACUUGCCGGCGCCAAACCCGAGGAGGAGGGUCUCUUUCCCGCCCUCACCCCAGUCAAAGUGGCGGAUUAUGAGGAGAUUGACAAGCAGAUCUGGCUCGACAAGGUCAAGGGUUAUCUACUCACGGAAGAAAGUCCAUUUCCCCUCUUUGAUUCCUCCUCGGUUAUGGCGGUCCUUGACGCGCUAGCCGAGAAGCUUCAACUCGACGACUCCGAACCCAAAGAAGAUAGUUCAUUUCCAGACCUCACCCCAGCCGCAGUGGAGGAUUACAAGGCCAUCGACGAGCAGCUCCGGCUCAACGAGAUUGAGGAGGAUCUAAUCACAGAAGAGGACACAUUCACUACCGUUGACGGCGCCGAACCCGAGGAAGAGGGACUCUUUCCCGUGCUCACCUCAGCCGCAGUCGAGGAUUAUAAGGCAAUCGACGAGCAGCUCCGGCUCAACGAGAUCGAGGAGGAUCUAAUCACAAAAGAGGACACAUUCCCCACCGUUGACGGCGCCGAACCCAAGGAAGAGGGACUCUUUCCCGUGCUCACCUCAGCCGCAGUCAAGGAUUAUAAGGCAAUCGACGAGCAGCUGCAACUCAACCAGAUCAAGGGAGAUCAAAUCGCAGAAGAGGACACACUCCCUACCAUUGACAGCGCCAAACCCCAGGAAGUGGCCGCAGUAGAGGAUUAUAAGGCCAUCGAAGAGCAGCUCCGCCUCAACCAGAUUGAGGGGGAUCUACUCACAGAAGAAGACACAUUCCCUACCGUUGACGGUGUCGAACCCAAAGAAGAGGGAUUCUUUCCCGCGCUCACCUCAUCCGCAGUGGAGGAUUAUGAGGCCAUCGACGCGCAUCUCCGCCUCGACUAG